AGAGGGUAAUUUAGUGAGUUUCUUGGUGCGCGCAUGUGCAAGCUCCUAUUUGGGGUGCACAUAUACAUUGCACAUACUCAAAGUCCCUCUUUAGUUAUCAACAUAGUAAGAAAGAAAGUGCUAUUUAUACCACCACAUUAACAUAUUAUCACUCUCUAAGUGAGAACACAGAAGGAAAAUUCAAUGGAGGUUAAUAAGACUAAGAUGUCUGAGGUGCUGCCAUUCAUAAUCAUGGUGAUUAUGGAAGGUUGGACUAUAGGACUCACGAUUUUUGCCAAAACUGCAAUAACUAAUGGAAUGAGCCCACUUGUGUUCAUUGUUUAUACCAAUGCUUUGGCCACUAUAAUUCUGUUCCCUUGUUCCUUUUUAACACACCAAGAGGACAGAAAGGAGAGGCCAUCUUUUACUUUCUCUUUGUUCAUGCGAUUCUUGUUCCUCGGUUUUAUAGGGAUAACGAUGACUCAGGCCUUUUUAUUCCUGGGCCUAAGUUAUAGUUCGCCAAUACUUGUGUGUGCCAUGGGACACUUGAUCCCAACGUUUAACUUUCUUCUCUCUGUCAUUUUCAGGAAGACAGAGAUGAAUUUGAGAAGCCCUGGUAUGCAAGUCCAAUUAAUUGGUAUCUUGGUAUCGAUAAUGGGAGCAGUGGUAGCAGAGUUCUUCAAGGGACCACUUGUAAGACCCUCUUCUCAUGACCACCUUAAACACGCUAAUAAGCAAUAUCUGGUAUUCUCCUCAACACCAGAGUUUUGGGUUCUUGGUGGCGCUUUGCUUGCUGCUUCUUUCUUCUCUCUUUCAAUUUUCAACCUUUUCCAGAAAGAAACCGUCGAGCGAUAUCCGGAACCAAUGAAAGUGCUUUCUUAUUCUAACUUACUUGGAACCAUCCUUAGUGCAAUAGUCUCGUGGAUAGUAGAGAGGGAAAUAAAUGUUUGGAAGAUAAAGCGUAACAAGGAUCUCAUUCUCAUUGUUCUAACUGCACUCGUUGGUGGUGUGAUUCGUCCCAAUAUUCAUGUAUGGUUCACUCGAAUCAAGGGUCCACUUUAUGUGCCACUUUUCAAGCCCUUUGGUAUUGCCUUUGCCACUACUUUUGCACUUUGCUUCUUUUCUAACAGUCUUCAUUAUGGAAGCGUGAUAGGAACAACUACACUUGGAAUGGGGUAUUAUACAGUAAUGUAUGGACAAAUCAAAGGAAAUGAAGAAGAGACAAGCUGUGACGAUUGCUCAUCAGAUUCUUUGGACAAGAAGAUACCUCUUUUGCAAGAAAAGAUGGAAGAAGUGUGAAUAUAUUAUCAUACACUAUCAGUUUCUCAUCUUCCAUCACACAUCUAUGAUUUUCUCUAUCUUCAGUAAGAAUAAAUAAAACUUCAAAAGAUUAAUUAUAUGGCAGAGGAUCGAAUUCACCUAUUUUCCAGAAUCUUCCUCCAUACCAUAUCGUUUCAAACCGAGUGGGAUAUAAGUCUCCAACAACUAUUUAUAUAAAUCAUGAAACAUGUAAGUACCAUGCAAAAUAAAAAGGUGGUGGAAUUUGAGACCUUUAAAUAGCCUUAUAGGUUCGUUGUACAAAAAAUUUCUAUCUGUGUAUAUAAAUAUAAAUAUAUAUAAUACAUGUAUCUCGAUCGUUACUGCAUUGAUA